GAUCUUAAUUAUGGUAAUGGGAAUGAGAUAUCACAUAAAGGAAAUUGCUUUCCUGUAAUUUUGGGAGCUUCCCCAACUUUGUUUAUAACUUAGCGGCUCAAUUUGGGACCUAGAGGAGUGUGAAACUAUUUCCUUAGAGGAGGAGGAUGUUGUGUUAAAUUUUCAAAUGUUUAUUUGAGUUGGAUUUGUGUUUUUAAGUUAUUUUUAUUGUCCUUUUUGAACAGCCAAACAUGGCAUUAGUCUAUAUUUAUGAACCUUUGAUCCAAACAUGACAGUUUAGAAAUAUAUGUGAUAUAAAUCAAUGAAUUUUUAAGUUGGGCAAGUUAUAUAAAGCCUCCACUUAUGCAAUAUGCACCCACUAAAUUUACAGGAAGAGGGUAAUUCAUAGGGGAGGCUGGUUGAUUGGAUUAUUCAGGAUUCCAAUUGCCUAGAUGAAAUGCUCUAUUCAUGAGUGACAAUUUCUUUGUUUCUACUGGGAGGGCAAUUAUGGUAAAUGUUACAAAUAGGGCUAGAAGCAAGGCGACGAAAAUUUGAUUGAACUUGCUGGCAAAAUGGAGCAGCAAGCUUCCAGUGGCAUGUGACAAUGACCGAUUGUUUUCACCUUGUAGGUUGCAGCCGUAUUAAAAAUACAAGGCAUUAAUGAAUGUUAACAGGUCUUGGGAGCAAAAGCAAAUUUGAAUCUAUAUUUUCAUCUUUCAGGAGAUACACUAGACAUAUUUUUGUUCGCUGUGAACCAACGGUAGUUAUGCUUUUACAUCCGGUUCUUCCUUGUGUAUGUGUCCCCAUCGUUUGCCAUGUAUAUUGAACUCCCCUUCGGCAAUGAAUGAAGUUGGCGUUUUUAUGUUAACCUUCUAAGUGGAAAAAUUGCAGAUGCCCAAAUCAAUGACAUCAUGACAAAACAAUCUGACCCACCAUUUGUUUCAGAGAAGUUGAAUUCUUCAAGUUGGGGUAAAUCCCUGGAAGAUAGGGCUUUUAUAACUAAUACAGAACAUUUGGACUUUGCCCAUGAUUGACAUACUGUUUAUAGGGAUGUAGUGCCUCAGAUCUUGGCUGGUAGCACCAGUUUAAGAGUAGAGGAUAAAAGUAUUUUGCUUGAGAUGGGAGCCCAAUUGAUAUCCACUUUAUCUAUCUGCAGAGCUUUCAGAGGGGGCUCUCUUUCCACAACACCCAGCAUUCAAUUCCAUUCACACCCACUCUUAUGGUUAACAUGACACAAUAAAUGUUCUUUUCCUACCUUCUUAAUGAGGGGGAGACAAAGAGAGACAUUGUGAGUUUCCUUGUUAAUUGGACAUUUCUUCAUAGAUUUAGGUUGCUUGGAAGAGGGUUUUAGAGAGAGCCACAUUUCACAAACAGGGUUUACCACCUCUACCCUAUAGAUUUUUCAACUUAGGACAUCUGGGCUCUGGUGAAAAAGUGAGUUUUUGGGAUAUUGAGUGCUGUGAGAGAUGAAGAUGAAGGUACUACUAGGGUUUUACUUGUGGGUUAUGCUGGUGGUGGUGGUGACUGGGACAGCCUUUAUGUUGCCUGCCUUCUCCACCAUUAGUACUUCUUCCUCUACGCCUGAUAUGAAUUCCCCCAUGAUGGGAAGUAGGAUGAAAGGAGCACGAUCUAUCAGGAAACUGGAGCUGGGAAGCUAUAAGCCAACCACUGAGCAGAGGAAGAGUAAUCCAGGCAAUCUGAAUUUGGAAGACUACCACCCAAUUGAUCCAUCUCCAAGUUCAAGGGCAGCAAUAACAUCUGGACCCAUCGAGCACGGCACUCCCAUUAUCCCCUACAUUCCAAACGUGCCACCUCCAUGUCCUCCUAAGCAGGAUGGUGGAUCUUCUCCUCCUGUUUAAGCUACUGAAAGAUCAGUAAAAAAAUGGGAACUAUCUGUUGUAAUAUAUUUGAAGAUUGUCUGCUAGAGUGCCUGGAAACAAUGAUCAGGCCCCGUCUGUUUUAAGAAGACCUGAGUGUAACCUGCUGCCCCCUUGUGGGGCAGUGUAGGUUUAAGAAUUUCCAGAAACCAUGAACAUCCUCUUGACCAUAUCUCCUCUAAGGUCUUGGAGUUUUCUUCCUUUGUUUUCUUGUAUCAUUUUCACUCUACUAAUUACCAUUAACACUGCAUUAUUGUGCUUUGUCAUU